AUGUCUUCUGAAGCGUCUCUACAAGCAGCAGAAGCAGGGCUGUUUGCCCCGGCGGAAGCACCAAUCAUGGCAGAAGCAGGGCCCAGCACCUCGAACCCAACGCCCGUUCACGGCAAGCAGCAAUCACGCCCAAACCAACCCAAACAGCGUCCACGCAACUCGAACCCGUCUCACCGCCUCACCUCGGAACAGCUGCGAAGACGACUCCACUACAUUGCAUCUGGAUCGACUGUUAUUCUCAAGUUGCCAUCUGGACGGACUAAAGCAGCCGAGAUCAUGCCGGGCAAACAGGUCAGUUUGGGCAAGUUCGGCAGUUUUCAAGCGGACGAUUUGAUCGGAAUGCCGUAUGGCUUCACUUACGAAAUUCAGCCAGAUGCUGCACCAGCAAAUCAGAAGGACGGCAGCUUGAAGCAGGACAAGAAAAGUGGAAAGAGGGACGGUGCUUCGGCCAGCGGACGAGGAGGCUCACUGAAACUCGUCAUGAACCGAACACUCGGAGACAUUGAAACAGAAGCGAGCGAAACCAUCGAGACAACAGCCACUAACGAGCACAUCAACGACGAUGGAUGCGCUCAAAAGCUCACGUACGUAGACAUCCAAGCACUCAAGGAGCAAGGUAUUUCUGGUCGGGAGAUCAUCGAGCAGCAACUUGCCGGUUCGGAAUCGUUUGCCAACCGUACCGUGUAUUCGCAAGCGAAGUACGUGGCACGAAAAGAGCAGAAGCACCUGAAGCUGUUCACGCCGCUACAACCAGAGUUUGGCAACGUGUGCGACUUCUGGUUCGACAAGGCGCCAGACAAGAUUCGUUGGAUCCGCAAGGAUGCACUGUCGCAGGUGUUGAGUUUCGGCAGUGUUCGACCGGGUGGGAGGUACCUGGUCGUAGAUGGGGUGUCGGGUUUGCUUGUGGGGGCUGUACUCGAGAGGAUGGGUGGAGACGGAACUGUGAUCGCGAUCAACGAUGCCGAGUCCCCACCUUCGCUCGACAUCUUGGCGUACUUCAACUUGCCUACACAGGUGACCAAGCCCGUACUCAAGGUAAUCAACUGGGCCGCUACCGAACAAGACUACGCGCCCGUCUUCUCGAACCAAGACAUCAACUCUGCUUCGUCUACGUCGCGUUCCGUCAAGGAUAAGCAACGCGAUCGUAAACGUCAAGCCACCUUCCGCGAAGUCGACCGCGUUCGCUCCGACUUCUUUGCAGGAGACUUUGAUGCCGUCCUCAUCGCGUGCCAUUACGAUCCGAUGAGCAUCGUGCGUCGGCUGAAACCGCACCUGGGUGGCUCUUCUAGCGUGGUCGUUCACAGUCCAUAUCUACAACCCCUGGUAGAGGCUCACGCGCAGUUGAGAGGAGAUGAGGAGUUCAUUAACAUCAGCAUCACGGAACCGUGGUUGAGAAAGUACCAGGUGCUUCCGGGCAGGACACAUCCAGAGAUGACGACGAGCAGUACUGCUGGUUUCAUACUGCAUGCGUUGAGGGUGUUUGGUGAAGAGCAGGCAUUGGAGAUGCGCAAAGAGUAUCUGGUGAGUCUGAAGCAGGGAGGGACGUUCGAGGCAGAAACGGCAGAGGCGACCGGAAAGGACGAAGAGACCGUAAAAAGAGCACCGGAAGACGUGGCUGUAGAAGCCGAGCAAGAGCGUGACGCCAAGCGUGCCAGAACAGAAGGGACGAAUGUAACAGGGCCUGUCGCAUAG